CUUUCUACGAGUACGCCUGACUUCUCUACGAGACUGCCAUGUGCUUGACCGAGACUCUCAAAUCCAGAACAUAACUAAUUCGCACCAAAAGACCUCUCGUUCAUCAAUAGCAAAAAUGUGCCUUCGUCUGGCCCAAAUGCUCUACUACUCUCACACAAUAACCCGUUCAUUAUCGAUAUUACGGCUGGUGUUACGGCAGAAUCUCAUAUGAAGGUUGAAAGAGGUGGAUAGAUUCACGCUGGUAAUAUUACAGUCAUGGCAUCCAUAUUUACCUACCAAGACGAACCUCCUCGAAUACAUUCGCCAUGGUCCACCCCGGGAACCUCAACUCCGCAGCCAUCGCAGAAUGUUGAGACUACCAUUGGGGACAAUUUCCAAGAUACGCGUGUCCUCACUACCCCUCUUGUUGAGAAGCUGGAACCGGAAAGGCAGGAUGGUCCCACAGAAUACAAGUUGCACCUGCUUCUGCGCCCAAGGCGUAGGGCUGCUCUAAACGAGCCCGCGGCCACGAGUCCAGACCUAUCUCCGGCGGGCUCCCAUGCGCCGGACAGGCAGACAUACACUUCAGGCGACUCGACACUGGGACGCCCUUUGGGCCAGCCAUCUGCACAGGCCCGUCAACUCAGGCUUCAGCAAUUGACCACACAGCUGCUGUGGAGACUGCAGCAGUCAUCCCCUUUUCACUCCUCUUCAAAUGCCGAUCUCGUCUUGCCGAUGCUUCCUGAAGCAGGCCCAAGGUCAGGCGUGCCUGGGAGACCAUUUAGGCUCUUGCCCGGCUUGGAAGAAAGUCAAGGCGCGCUGUACGAAAUCGGUGUGGCUGAUGACGGGACGCUGGUCGGCCUGACGGGCGAAGAACUGCAGGAGAGCCUGGGCAACCUUGAAACCAUGGCCACCAGUCUAGGCUGUACCACCAUUGUGCUUCGGAGAGUUCUGGUAGGGCCUGGCGAAAGGGUGGAUCCCGAGCUUCGUUCGGACAAGGUCCGCUUGCAAGAGGACGGACUUUGGGUUGCGGAAGUUUUAGUCUUCCCAGACUCGCGAACGACCACGGAUCUAAACGAGCCCGUGACGGCCCUUGACUCCGGAGCAAGCAUCGUGGAAGAGAGAUAUCGUGAUCGUGUAGUCGAGGGGGCCUCAACGGAACAGCUUCGGGUCACACUGGUUGGGGCUGCUUCUUCAGGCAAGUCUACCCUCCUUGGAACGAUCUCGACAUCCACUCUCGACAACGGCCGUGGGAAAAGCAGAUUGUCACUGCUUAAACAUCGACACGAAAUUGCUUCCGGAGUUACAAGUUCUGUAGCACAAGAACUUGUUGGCUAUCAGACUGACCGAGCAUGCCAAAGUCCCGUCGUCAACUAUGCCUCAGGCAACGUUUCUUCUUGGACAGAUAUACACAACCUAGCAGAUCGCUUGGUAUUUUUGUCCGAUUCUCCCGGCCUUCCUCGAUUUGCAAAGUCGACCUUUCGUAGCCUAAUAUCUUGGAAGCCAUCCUGGACUGUUCUCUGCGUUGCGGCAGAUGAUAAUGAGGGCAAUCCAAGCCAAUCUAGCGAAACAGUCACUACCAGCAUAAAUUCUGCAGACCACAUAGCAGCAAAGCGGGUUGAUUUUUCGCUAUGCCAUCUUGAUUUAUGUCUGCGAUUAGAUUUACCUCUCAUCAUAGUCAUAACCAAGAUGGAUCUCGCAAAUAAGACUGGCCUCCGUUCGGUUUUGACAAAGCUACUUUCAGCUCUGAAAGCCUCUGGAAAGGUACCUGUGGUACUAGGAAACAGCCUGGGGACAGUUGCAGUGCCUGAAGCUGGUGGCUUCGCGCCAGAACUGCAAUCCGUUCCAGACCAGGAGCAAGCUGAGGCCGACCGACUUGUUGCAUCAAUGGAAGACGGCAAUGCUGGCAGAAAAGUUCCUAUUCUAAUGACCAGUACAGUGACCGGCCAAGGGAUCGCCAAGGUACAUGCUUUACUACGCUCAGUCCCGAUCACAAUAUCUGGUGACUGGAUGUCGUCUCGUUCAAACACAAGUCCUGGGAUUUCAAUCCUUUUCCAGGUCGAUGAGGUCUUCAGCAUACCCCCUUCACGCGUGUACACCCAGGAUGCACAUGUCGAUCACAAGAACCAAGGUGUAGUUCUUUGCGGGCUGGUUUCUCAAGGCAGAUUGUCUGUAGGAGACGUGUUGGAUCUUGGACCAUUCGCCAUCGACCAGGAACAAAACUCCCCACAAGCGUCCAGGUCGAUCUUGAAAUCAAAAUCCUACAGUACUGAAGCUGUAUCUGUUCCAAAAAGGGCCGGUAUCUUUUCGCGGUCGUACCAAGACAGCCCAAGGAUGUCUCUCAGUGCCACUCAGUUGAUACCAGUCUAUGUGCGGGUAAAGGUGGUUUCGCUUCGUAGUCUCCGACUCCCAGUCACUCGAAUGGGUCCUGGAGAAACUGGAACUAUUGGAGUUGUAUCCAUCGACGACCAUCGGGAUCUCGUCGUAGACCUGCAGAAGGCUCGCAAGGGUAUGGUGUUGAUAGAUGCCCACGAGCGACCUUCUGGAUGUCGUUCUUUUUCUGCAACUUUCUCAACCAUUGAUUUCUCCCAUCCUACCAUGCCGCCACUAAUACUAGGUGGUCACGCUAUCGUCUACGUCAACAGCAUUCGUGCAGCAGUCAAGAUAAUUGCCAUGGCCACGAAUGAACAAGUACAAGGGGAUGGGUUUGACACUUCCCAGCAAGAGGCGGAAAUGUUCUCUUUCGACGGUAAAGAUGCGAUGGAAGGCCCGGAAAGAUCCGUGUCUGGUGAAGGACUAAAGGUGAUUGAAAUAUCUUUUCAAUUCGUGAGUACAGUGGAAUGGAUGAAUCUCGGGGACUCGAUUCUCGUUGUACCUACAGUCACAGCCCCUGGUCCUGUAACGGGAGCUGCGGCGCCGAAUCCAUCUGGAUUAGCUGGAUUUGUUGGCAAGAUCAGUGAUCUGUUUAGCUGACACAUUGAUGUAUCGACGUUUGCAAAGGAAAGUUAUGUAUCACCAUGAGAUCAGCUAUACCGAGCCUUCACAUAUAAUACUAUAUUCCG